CCUUCCGCCAGAUGGCGCCGCCCCGUCGCGGCCCGAUCAAUACCCACACAAACACCAACAGAAAUGUACAAAAUCUCAUCGAUGAAUAACUGCCUGUUGAUCCUGCUGCCGUUCCUGCUGAUCGCCCAAAGCUCGCAGCGGUUCCUCAGCAGGAGGAGCAUCUCGGACCAAUCCGUCAGCGGAUACUUGACCGAGAGGACGUGCUGGUGGAACGAGGUAUGCAAGGAGGAGUUCCAGAGUCUGUUUAGGUGCAAGUGCCCGGAGUGGUCGUUCUGCAGGGCCCCGGGAAGGUACUACAACGCGUUUUGCUCCAUGACGGCGACGGGAUACAUCUGGAUGCAACCGGGAAUCCGGGAUGGAUAGCAGUUAAGAAGUCGGCGGGCUAAGCACAAGUCCGUCGACGGGUUUAAAGUACCCAAGUUACCUGCGUUGGCUUGAAGACAAUACUGAUUGAUAAAGGGUGACCAAUUUUAGUCUUCUGUGCUUCGCGCUUCCUCGGAUUUUUUGUCUUUUAUGUUUCUGAUUAAUAAAAUGGUUGCUAUGCACACUGAUAAGAUAACUAGAACAACUUUAUUAUUAUUGUGUUGUGGAGUUUGUUGAUUGUUUAUCGUUAAUAAAAUGUCAGCUUUGUGUUGUUCCUUUUUCAACCACGUUUACACCCACACAUUGAAAACAACUGAAUUGAAUAUAUAACAAUAUAGGGAAUUUUAUAUGUCACGAACACAACAGGUGGGAGUUUUUUUAAUAAAACACAUAUACAA